AUGGUGCAUAAGAGAACUGCUCCAACUAGAGAAAGAGUAAAUCAAUUUGAUAUCAUUUCUCUCUCAUAUGAUCUUGGACUGAGGAAAAGAAUUAGUGAUUAUCAUCCUGAUGAUCAAGAUGCAGUUAGAAGAGCAUAUAUUCAAAGAAUAGUUCGUGAUCACAAUUUUCAACAAAUAUUUGUCGGAGGUGGAAUGCGUCGUUUUAAUCCUGACUGGUAUGAUGCUUACAAAACUUGGCUUGAGUAUAGUAUUGCAAAAGAAGCUGUAUUUUGCUUUAUUUGUUAUCUGUUUAGAGAUGAUAUAGGUGCUAUGGAUGGUGAUGGGCAUGAUACUUUUGUUUCAAAGAGUUUUAAAGGUUGGAAUAGACCACAUGCUUUUUCUAAGCAUGUCGGUGCUAUUAAUAGUGUUCACAAUAGGUGUAUGGAGAAAUACAAUGCUUUAAUUGAUCCACAAGCAUCCAUUCAAAAUGUUUUAUCUCUAGUAACUCCACAAGCUAGAAAGGAUUAUCGAACACGUUUGAUUGCUUCACUUGAUUGUUUGAGAUACCUUUUACUUCGAGGUAUGGCAAUUAGUGGUCAUGAUGAAAGUGAAAAUUCUUUUAAUCAGGGAAAUUUUCGUGAAUUUUUAAAGUGGUAUGCUAAAAGGGAAAAAAAAGUUGCUAAAGUUGUUUUGAAAAAUGCACCGGGAAAUAAUCAAAUGAUUUCUCCUUUGAUUCAAAAAGACAUUGCUUAUUCUUGUUCCAAAGAAACAAUUAGAGUGAUUAUGGAGGAGUUGGGUGAUGAUUACUUUGGCAUAUUGGUUGAUGAAUCUCGUGAUGUGUCAUGUAAAGAGCAAGCGGCAUUUUGUUUGCGUUAUGAUACUACUGCACUAUCUCUUCGGGGUGCAAUUUAUUCUAUAUUUGCUGAGUAUGCACUAACCCCAACUAAAAUUAGAGGGCAAGGUUAUGAUGGGGCUAAUAAUAUGAAGGGAGACUCCAAUGGUCUCAAAACUCUGAUUAUGAAUGAAACAAAAUAUGCAUAUUACAUUCAUUGUUUUGCACAUCAACUCCAACUAACACUUGUCGCAGUUUCCAAAAAUAAUGUUGAUCGUGGUUGGUUAUUUGAACUUCUCUCUACUAUGUUGUAUGUUGUUGGAGGCUCUUGUAAGCGUCAAGAAAUUCUUAAUGAAUCUCAAACUCGAUUAGUUGCAAAAGAAUUUCAAGAUGGUGAAAUUGAAAGUGGGAAAGGUUUGAAUCAACAACUUGGAUUGGGAAGACCGGGUGAUACUCGUUGGGGAUCUGAUUAUAAGUUAUUGUUGAAUGUAAUUGUCUUGAAUUCGGCGAUAUGUGAAGUACAAGACAUGAUUUUUGAAAAUCCCCCUAAUUCAGAUGAUCGUGCAAAAGCUGAUCGUGUUGGUGUUGUACUUGUGUCAUUCGACUUUAUUUUCAUGGUACAUUUGAUGAAGACGAUAUUUGGGGUGGAAAAUAAAUUGAAUAUUGCACUGCAAAAGAAAUAUCAAGACAUUGUUAAUGCAGUAUCACUUGUGAAAUUGACUAAAGAACGUUUGCAACAAAUGAGAGAAGAUGGAUGGGAAUCUCUUUUGACUUCUCUGAUCUCCUUUUGUGAUAAAAGAGGCAUCGGUGUUCCUAAUAUGGAUGAAGAGUAUGCUCCUUUGGGAAGAAAAAAACGUGGCAAUCAACAUGUUACAAAUCUUUAUCAUUUUCGAGUUCAGGAUGAGCUUGAUAACUUUAUUCAUGAUAUGCAAAGAGAUGGGAGAUUUGAGGGUUUGAAAGAUAUUGGAGAACUAUCCAAGAAACUUGUUGAGACAACGAAGCAUGAUACAUAUCGCCUUAUCUACUUGCUUAUAAAGAUGGUGUUGAUUUUCCAGUGGCAACUACAACUGUAG